GCUCGAGAGCCGUGGCGGCAGUGGCGCCGCCGCCGUGAUCGCGGCCUCGCAGAGCAUCUCCACCGAUGUAGAUCGUCCCAGCACAGGUUGGAACAGGAAAUCUUGGAUGGAUGAAUCGUCGAUCAAUCGAUUCCAGGCAAGCGAGCAUCAGCAGCGAUCUAAGCUCUCAUUCUUCCCUCUCGUCGCGCUCAUCUUCUACGAGGUCUCUGGCGGGCCGUUCGGGGUGGAGGAUUCCGUGAGGGCGGCCGGGCCACUGCUGGCGAUUCUAGGGUUCAUCAUCUUCCCCUUCCUGUGGAGCGUCCCCGAGGCCCUCAUCACGGCGGAGCUCGCCACAGCGUUUCCAGCCAACGGCGGCUACGUCCUCUGGAUCUCGGCCGCCUUUGGCCCCUUCUGGGGAUUCCAGGAGGGAUUCUGGAAGUGGCUGAGCGGCGUCAUCGACAAUGCGCUCUACCCGGUCCUCUUCCUCGACUACAUCAAGCGAUCGGUGCCAGUCUUCGCCACCGCCGCCGCGAGGUACCCCACGCUCGCGAUCCUCACGGCGCUGCUCACAUUCGUGAAUUACAGGGGGCUCACCAUCGUCGGCUUCGCGGCCAUCCUCUUGGCAUUCUUCUCGCUGCUGCCAUUCGCGAUCAUGGGGAUUCUAGCUCUUCCGCGGAUCAAACCGCGGCGAUGGAUCGUCGUGAGCAUCCGUGAGACACAGUGGCGCGGGUACCUCAACAGCCUCUUCUGGAAUCUAAACUUCUGGGACAAGGCCAGCACUCUAGCCGGCGAGAUCGAGCGACCCAGCGAGACGUUUCCUCGAGCUCUCUUCGCGGCAGUGCUCUUGGUGGUGAUCUCGUAUAUCAUUCCACUGCUGGCGGGCACUGGAGUGCUGGAUCUCCACCGCGAGGACUGGGAGGAUGGCUACUUCGCGGACAUCGGCCGGGAGAUUGGAGGGCAGUGGCUCAAGUGGUGGAUCAACUCCGCGGCGGCGCUGUCCAACAUGGGUCUCUUCGAGGCCGAGAUGAGCAGCGACUCUUUCCAGCUCCUGGGCAUGGCGGAGAUUGGGAUGCUCCCCAGGAUCUUUGCGAGGCGAUCCAAGCACGGCACUCCAGUCCUGGGGAUUUUGUGCUCGGCCACCGGGGUGGUGCUGCUGUCGUGGAUGACUUUCCAGGAGAUCGUGGAGCUGCUCAACUUUCUCUACUGCGUGGGGAUGCUGCUCGAGUUCGCGGCUUUCAUCUGGCUGCGAGUGAAGCGCCCGGAUCUCCACAGGCCGUUCAAGCUCCAGCUCGGGACGCUCGGGGUGGUGAUGUUUUGCCUGCCACCCUCGGCGUUCCUGGUGCUGGUGAUGUGCCUGGCUUCCAUGCGGACGAUCUUUGUGAGCUGCGGCGUGGCUGCCGUGGGGAUCGUCUUGUACCCGGCGAUCAUGUUCGUCAAGUCCAAGAAAUGGGUGGAGUUUGCUGUGGACACGGAGAUCAUUGCUCCUCCUCCUCCUCCUCCUGAACAAGAUCACGGCGGCCAGCAGCAGCAGCAGCUGAUACAGCUCGUUCCAGAUGAUCGAGGAGGUGACCAGCACCGGGAACUGCGAGGACAAGUUUCGUAGUUCCGUUAUCCACCAGCGUUUUCCUUCGCCACGUCUCUCGGUCCUUCGGCUCUUGAAUUUAACGUCGAAAGAAGUGGGAGAGUUCCAAGCUACACACACAGUUACAAAUGUUAUCACAGUAGCAUCGAUCGUGAAUCUUGAAUCAAUUUUUAAGAGCUUCUUCGCACUCC